CCCACUUGGAAGGAGACUUUCUUUCUGGGACACAUGCUGUUGGAUCUUCCAGUAGCCAGCUAGAGAGAAGAGUCCACCCAGAGCUCCUGAAAGUUCUCUAUCAGUUUCUAGAAGGGGGAGUCUUCAAGGCGGGUGCACCUACAUUUUUUGAUUUUAUUCUGUUAAGAUUGACCAGAUUCAUGAAUGUGCAGCUGCUGACCCAUAACUUCUAAAAAUGAAGAUAAGGCUGUCAUUGGCCGUGUCGGCUUUCGUUGCAGUGUUAUUCGCCUCCGUUGAAGCGCAAGAUGUGGUGUGUAAGACCAAAGCCCGGGCUGAUAUUGUCCUGCUGGUCGAUGGCUCCUGGAGUAUCGGCCGUCUGAACUUUAAGACCAUCCGCUCCUUCAUCUCUCGCAUGGUGGGAGUCUUCGACAUCAGCCCUGACAGGGUCCAGAUUGGUCUGGCCCAGUACAGUGGUGACCCCAAGACUGAGUGGCACCUGAACGCCCACAGGACCAGGGCUUCCCUGCUGGAGGCUGUAGCCAACCUGCCCUACAAAGGAGGCAACACCCUCACUGGUCUCGCUUUAAACUACAUCCUCCAGAACAAUUUCAAGGAAAAUGUUGGGAUGAGACCCAAUGCUCGUAAGAUCGGAGUGCUGGUCACUGAUGGCAAGUCUCAGGAUGACAUCAUUGCCAACUCCCAGAACCUGCGUGACCAGGGCAUUGAGCUGUAUGCCAUUGGUGUGAAGAACGCUGAUGAGAAUGAGCUGAGGUCCAUCGCCACUGACCCGGAUGAGAUCCACAUGUACAACGUGGCUGACUUCUCCUUCCUGCUGGACAUAGUGGACGACCUGACCAACAACCUCUGUAACAGCGUCAAGGGACCAGGUGGUGGCCCCGAUGCGCCCACUGACCUGGUGACCUCGGAGGUGACCCACUACUCGUUCCGUGCCAGCUGGACAGGCCCUGAAGGUCCGGUGGAGAAGUACCGUGUGGAGUACAUGACCUUGUCUGGCCGCCCUCAGAAGAUGUUUGUUGAUGGCUCAGUGAACACAGCCAUGCUGCCCAACCUGAACCCUCUGACUGAGUAUCUGGUCAACGUCUACUCUGUCAUCGGAGAGGAGAGCAGCGAUCCGCUGAAGGGGACUGAAACCACCUUGCCCCUCAGCGCGGUGAGGAAGAUGACCAUCUACGAGGAGCGUCCCACCACCAUGAGGGUGAAGUGGGAGGAGGCAGUGGGCGCCACGGGCUACAUGCUGCUCUACAGUGCCAUCAAUGCCACCGAGCCCUCUGUGGACAAAGAGAUAAGAGUUGGAGAGGACACGACUGAUGUCCAGCUGGUGCAGCUGAUCCCCAACACGGCUUACACUCUGUCCAUCUUCGCCCUGCAUGGAGAGUCAGCCAGCGACCCCCUCACCAAGCAAGGAGUCACACUGCCCAUGCCCCCUGCUGGAGAGCUGAGGGUCAGAGACGUUACCCACAGCGCCCUGAAGAUGAACUGGGACGCAGCACCUGGAGCCGUCCUCAAAUACAUCAUCACCUACAAGCCUGACGAGGGAGAAGCCAAAGAGCUUGAAGUGGGAGGAGGCGUGACCGCCAAAGCCCUGGACAACCUCAUCUCUCAGACUGAGUAUGACCUUGCUGUUACACCCAUCUACGACGAGGGAGCUGGCAACCCCAUGCUCAACACAGCCAUCACAGAUGUUGUUCCUGCUCCUAAGAACCUGCGUUUCUCUGAGGUGACCCAGACCAGCUUCAGAGCCCACUGGGACUAUGGGGCCCCUGAUGUGGCCCUCUACCGUAUCGGCUGGACCAAGAAGGGAGAAACCAACUUCCAAUAUGCCAUCCUGAACAGUGAUGAGACCAGUAAUGUGUUGGAGAACCUAGAGCCAGACACUCUGUACGACGUGUCCGUCACCGCCAUCUACCCUGACGAGUCUGAGAGUGAAGACCUGCUUGGCAGCCAGAGAACAUUGUCCAAGGUCAUCAUCACGCCUGCCCCCACAGGCCCUCCCCAGAACCUGCAGGUGUUCAAUGCCACCACCACCACUCUGACCGUCAAGUGGGACCACGCCCCUGGUCGUGUCCAGACCUACAAGAUCACAUAUGUCCCCACCGCCGGAGGCAAGACCCAGUCUACGCAGAUCGGAGGGAAGAAGAACACGGUGCUUCUUCCCAAGCUGACCCCUGACACUCCCUACUCCAUCACCGUUGCAGCCAUCUAUGGCAGCGGGGAGAGCAAGGACAUCUCUGGCAACGGAAAGACAAAGCCUCUGGGAGGAGUGAGGAACCUCCAGGUCACUGACCCCACCACCAGCACCCUGAACGUCCAAUGGGAGGCUGCCGAGGGCAACGUCCGCCAGUACAAGAUCUACUAUGUACCUGCUGCUGGAGGAGCUGAGGAUGUGUCCCAGGUCUCUGGUACUACCACCAACACUGUGCUGAAGAACCUGAUGUCUGACACCCUCUACACCGUCACUGUGGUCCCUGUCUACCCCGCUGGAGAGGGCAAACGCAUGUCUGAGAACGGCAAGACACUGGAGCGUAUUCCAGUGAGGAACAUCCAAGUCUUCAGCCCCACCACUAACACCCUGAACGUACGCUGGGAGCCUGCCUCUGGCGAGGUCGUGCAGUACAGGGUUGUCUACGCCCCCUUGAGCGGCACCAAGCCCUCCGAGUCGGUUCUGGUUCCUGGGACAUCCACCACCACCCUGCUAGAGCAGCUGGACCCAGACACGUCCUACAAUGUGGGAGUGGUCGCCAUCUAUACUGACGGAGAAGGACCGCCGGCCGAAGACAACGGCAAAACACUUCCCCGCAGUGGCCCAAGGAACAUGCGUGUGUUUGAUGCCACCACCAGCUCUCUGACUGUGGCAUGGGAACAUGCUGAAGGUCCAGUGCAGCAGUACAAGAUCACCUACGCCCCCACCACUGGAGACCCCAUUGAGGAGCACACUAUGGUUCCUGGGAACAGAAAUACUGUCAUCCUGCCCAACCUGGAUCCAGACACUCCCUAUAAGAUCAACGUGCAGGCCAUCUACCUUGAUGGACCAGGAGGAGAUCUGGAUGGAGACGGACACACAGUUGGCAUGCUGGGGCCUCAGAACCUGAGAGUGUCAGAUGAGUGGUACACUCGCUUCAGAGUGUCCUGGGACCCCGCCCCCUCCAGAGUGGUGGGCUACAAACUGGUCUACUCACCUGCAGGUACUGAUCAGACCAUGGAGACUUUCGUUGGAGAUGUGACCACCUACCAGCUGCACAACCUGCAGCCAGGAACCACCUAUGACCUCAAGGUGUUGGCCCAGUAUGACGCUGGCCUUAGCGGACCUCUCAUUGGACAAGGAACCACAUUGUACCUGAACAUCACUGACCUGACCACCUACAAUGUUGGUUAUGACACCUUCUGCAUGAGAUGGACCCCGCAUAGGGCUGCCACUUCCUACAGACUCAAACUGAAUCCCUUUGACUCCUCUAACAAUGGAGCUCAGGAGACCACCAUUACUGGGUCUGAGAGCCACUACUGCUGGGAUGGCCUGACUCCUGACGCCCUCUACAACGCCACAGUGUACACACAGACCACCAACCUGGAGGGGCCCGGAGUCAGCGUCAAGGAGAGGACGCUAAUCAAGCCCACAGAGGCCCCAACUGAGCCCCCCACCCCACCUCCACCUGCCACCAUCCCCCCUGCUUUGGACGUGUGCAGAGGAGCCAAGGCUGACCUGGUGUUCCUGAUUGAUGGCUCCUGGAGUAUCGGAGACGAGAGCUUCAGUAAAGUGAUCCAGUUUGUCUUCAGCAUGAUCGGCGCCUUCGACGUCAUCCACCCUGGCGGCAUGCAGGUGUCUUUUGUGCAAUACAGUGACAGUGCCAAGACAGAGUUCAAACUGAACACUUACCAAGACAAGGGAAGGACCUUGGCUGCGCUGCAGCUCGUCCGCUACAUGGGAGGAAACACCAAAACAGGUGCUGCUCUGAAGCACGUUGGCGAGAAGGUGUUCACCACAGACAACGGCAUGAGGAAGCACGUGCCUAAGGUUCUGGUGGUCGUCACCGAUGGUCGCUCCCAAGACGAGGUCCAGAAGAGUGCCUCCAACCUGAUACACUCUGGUUACAGCGUGUUUGUGGUCGGUGUGGCCGAUGUGGACAUGACAGAGUUGAGGAACAUCGGCAGCAAGCCAAGUGAAAGACACGUCUUUGUUGUGGAUGACUUUGACGCGUUCGCCAAGAUCCAGGACAACCUCAUCACGUUCAUCUGUGAAACGGCCACAUCCACUUGUCCUUUGAUCUACAUAAACGGGUUUACUUCACCUGGCUUCAGAAUGCUUGAGGGCUUCAACAUCACAGACAGGACCUUUGCUGCCAUGAAUGGCGUGUCCAUGGAAUCUGGCUCCUUCAACAGUUUUAUAACCUACAGGCUUCACAAGGACGCAUUCCUCUCUGCGCCCACAAAGGAGAUCAACCCAGAGGGUCUUCCUCCAUCCUACACCAUAAUCUUGCUCUUCCGUCUCCUCCCCGACACCCCCAACCAGGCAUUUGAUAUCUGGCAGAUUGCUGACAGCAACAACAACCCUGAGGUUGGGGUCACCGUCAACCCUUCCAGCAAAACAAUCACGUUCUACAACAAGGACACCAAAGGGGAGAUCCAGAGAGCCACGUUUAAUGAGGAUCAAGUGAAGAGAGUUUUCCACGGAAGCUUCCACAAGCUUCACAUCAGUGUUUCUCCCGAAAGGGUCAAACUGAACGUGGACUGCCAGGAGGUGGCAGAGAAACCCAUCAAGGAGGCCAACAACAUCUCCACAGACGGCUAUGAGGUGCUGGGAAAGAUGGCCAAGUCAGGAGGAUCAAAAAGGGAGUCGGCAACGUUCCAGCUCCAGAUGUUUGAUAUUGUGUGCAGCUUGAGCUGGACCAGCAGAGACAAAUGUUGUGACCUCCCGGCCACGAGAGAUGAGCUCAAGUGCCCGGCUCUUCCACACGCGUGCACAUGUGCACAGGACAGUGUUGGCCCUCCGGGGCCACCCGGCCCCUCGGGUGGACCAGGUACUAGAGGAACCAGAGGAGAAAGAGGAGACUCAGGCCAAACUGGUUCAAUGGGCCCCCGUGGAGAACAAGGACUUCCAGGACAAUCCGGACCUCCAGGUCCACAAGGUCCUAACGGCUUGUCUCUGCCAGGAGAACCUGGACGCCCCGGACCAAAGGGAGAUCCCGGAGACUCAGGCCUGACUGGGCUGAAAGGUCCUGCUGGUGCUGCUGGUCCUAUGGGUCCUAGUGGACCAGGUGGAGUGAGGGGACCACCAGGGAAGGAAGGACCCUCGGGACCUAGAGGCCCAGCUGGACCGAUGGGAAGUCCAGGAUCUCCAGGAAACACAGGAAACACAGGCAACCAAGGAAAACCAGGAGACACAGGAAACCCAGGAUUGGCUGGAAUAAAGGGAGAAAAGGGAGAGAGGGGAGACUUUGCAUCUCAAAAUCUGAUGCGCUCCAUUGCCAGACAAGUUUGCGAACAGCUUGUGAACAGUCAAAUGAGCAGAAUUGAUAAUAUGAUCAACCAGAUCCCCACUGGUUACCGUAGCAACAACCCGGGCCCUGCCGGCCCCCCUGGUCCUGCCGGCAACACAGGUCCCCCUGGAGAACCUGGACAGACUGGCCGAAACGGUUUCCCUGGAAACUCCGGCUUACCUGGAAACCAAGGAGAGAGAGGGACGUCAGGAGAGAAGGGCGAGAGAGGAUCCCCUGGAACAGGACAGAGAGGACAGAGAGGACUCAGUGGUCCGCCUGGGCCACCAGGUGAGGCUCGGACUGGCCCCACAGGUGCUACGGGCUCUGCUGGGCCUCGUGGCCCUCCUGGUCGCCAGGGAACCCCAGGAGCGAGGGGACCACCCGGGCCCCCUGGCUACUGCGACUCCUCCCAGUGUGUUGGCAUUCCUUACAAUGGACAAGGCUACCCAGGUCGGUCCUAGUAAACUUUCUAAGCCGCCUUACACUUUGAAGUCCUGUUUCUGAGAUGUUAGCUCACUGGCUAAUGACCCCGUAAGGAUAACCAUCGUGGACAUAACUAAUGAACAACGUUAAAAACCCAAAACGAGAAAGAAAGGAGUGGACUGGCACUAACACCACUUCACAGCUUCUAUCAGACAAGCUGCAGAGAUGGCAACCCUACUGGCCUGUUUGCAUCUUGAGCAAAAACCCCAGCAAACCGAGAGAGAGAGAGGGCUUCUCUGCGCAGGAAGGAGCAUGUAAAAAACCACUCAAAAAAACCCUACUAAUAAAUUGGAUCUCAUAACAAAAGAACAACAGUGUUAACAUGGAGACGUGAUAUCUGUAAAUAAACUAAUUGUGCCUUGUAAAUGAUGUUUGAACCACACAAUCCACUAAAAUCAGUUGACAUCUGUAUUGAGCUCGUGCCUUAUAACCCGCUUCUUACUGACUUACUUCCAGCAUAACCCUUUGUUUUAUUAUGAUGCCUGAGUGAUUUACACAGCUUGUACUCCGAUCCAAACUGAAGCAUGUGCCAUUUGUACAUUUAAUAAUGAUGUUCUUUGUAUGUUUGCCUAAUCUAUGCUAAAUGUUAUUUUCUUGCCAUUUUCUUCAUUUAAAACAAAAAACAUAUAUAUAUACACAUCAUAUUAGUUCCUUUGCUGUAGAACAUUUGUUUUCUAAUACCUCAGUGGGUUUUAGGACUAGCAACGGGAUAUAGGCAAGAGCUAGACACUAGUGGCAGUGUCGUCUUAGGGUUUUGAUGCAAAUUCCAUCCCAGCUUUAUUACUUGUAUUGGUAUUUAUCUUCAUUUGGGGUAUGUGUUCCAUAUGGUUGAUAGUUGUCAAUAACCUUAAGUGCUAGAGUGCAUGGAAUCACGAACAUUCUUAGAAACAGAGAAUUGAACAGAUAAAUAACAGUUCUUAGGUCCAUACAGUGAAUACCGUGGUUGAUUAUUCACAUUUAGGAGAUAGUCAAACGUUUAGGUUUUACUUUGUGCAUGUCAAGUCUCAGACUGCCAACUAAAGUCCUGCUUGAUUGGCCAAACAAAUAUUUCUAGCCACCGGCUACGAGCUCGAUCCUGAAACCUACAUAGUCCCUAUACUCGAGGAAGAAUCAGAAGACGAAUCUGAGGCUAUACAGUCGCCUGGUUACUCACGAAACCAGAGAGGAAAGAGGUGACUAUCAAGAGAUGAUGCAGAGAGGAUAUCACAAUAAACAAAAACAAAACAAAGAAUUGUUAUUUUGAAUUUAUCUACAUUUUUACAUGAGCGAGUAUUAGUGAACUUCAGAUGAUAAAAUAUAUGGGUUUGAUACCCCUAGCUUUAUUGUGCAUAUCUUUACACAUAAACAAGCUAUGUUUAGGAAGAUUAAGUGAAAAAUAUAAAGAAUCUAGACAUUAUUUCAUUACAAAUCUGUGUGCUUGCUAACUGUUCCCUUAAGUGUCUCUGCUUGUAAUAUAACUGCAUUAAGUGUUUAUGAGAGGCCAAUGUUUAAUGCACUAAUCAUGUCAAAGUCAGCAAAUACAUUGGGGGAAGUAUACAGUGGCAAGAAAAAGUAUGUAAACCCUUUGGAAUUAACUGGAUUUCUGCAUAAAUUGGUCUGAUCUUCAUCUAAGUCUCAACAAUAGACAAACACAGUCUGCUUAAACUAAUAACACACAAACAAUUAUACGCUUUCAUGUCUUUAUUGAACACACCGAAUCAACAUUCACAGUGCAGGGUGGAAAAGGAUGUGAACCCUUGGUUGACCCUCCUUUGGCAGCAAUAACCUCAACCAAAGUUUUCUGUAGUUGCGGAUCAGACCUGCACAACUGUCAGGAGGAAUGUUGGACCAUUCCUCUUUACAAAACUGUUUCAGAUCAGCAAUGUUCUUGGGAUGUCUGGUGUGAACUGUUCUUUUGAGGUCAUGCCCCAGCAUCUCAAUUGGGUUGAGGUCAGGAUUCUGACUGGGCCACUCCAGAAGGCAUAUUUUCUUCUGUUGAAGCCAUUCUGUUGUUGAUUUACUUCUGUGUUUUGGGUCGUUGUCCUGUUGCAUCACCCAACUUCUGUUGAGGUUCAAUUGGCGAACAUAUAGCCUUACAUUUUCCAACAACUCAACUUUAGUUUCAUCGGUCCACAGAAUAUUUUACCAGAAGCGCUGUGCAACAUCCAGGUGCUCUUUUGCGAACUUCAGACGUGCAGCAAUGUUUUUUUUUGACAACCGUGGCUUCUUCCGUGGUGUCCUCCCAUGAACACCAUUCUUGUUUAGUGUUUUACGUAUCGUAGACUCGUCAACAGAGAUGUUAGCAUGUUCCAGGGAUUUCUUUGCCUUUAGCUGACACUCUAGAUUCUUCUUAACCUCAUUGAGCAGUCUGCUCUGUGCUCUGACAGUCAUCUUUGCAGGAAAGCCACUUCUAGGGAGAGUAGCAACAGUGCUGAACUUUCUCCAUUUAUAGACAAUUUAUCUUACCGUGGACUGAUGAACAUCAAGGCUUUUAGAGAUACUUGUGUAACCCUUUCCAGCUUUAUGCAAGUCAACAAUUCUUAAUCUUGGGUCUUCUGAGAUCUCUUUUGCUCGAGGCAUGGUUCACAUCAGGCAAUGCUUUUUGUGAAUAGCAAACAACAAUUUUGUGAGUUUUUUUUUUAGGGCAGGGCAGCUCUAACCAACAUCUCCAAUCUCGUCUCGAUGAUUGUACUCCAGGUUAGCUGACUCCUGACUCCAAUUUGUUUUUGGAAGUGGUUAGCCUAGGGGUUUACAUACUUUUUCCAACCUACACUGUGAGCGUUUAAAUUAUGUAUUCAAUAUAGACAUGAAAAAUACAAUAAUUUGUGUGUUAUUAGUUUAAGCAGACUGUUUGUCUGUUGUUGUGACUUAGAUGAAGAUCGGAUAAUUUUUUUAAAUCAAUUUAUGCAGAAAUUCAGAUAAUUCCAAAGGGUUCACAUACUUUUUCUUGACACUGUAUGUAUGUAUGUUUCUGUACCCAUCCACAUUACCCCUGUCCCUCACAAUUCAUUGUAAAUUUCACAAUGUCAAGCGGUCUGUUCUAUUGAAAUCACGUAGUUUGCCACCCUCAUCAUCAGAAAGAGGGUUACUGGUUCCAGCUCCAUUAAAGGUUCUGGUGAAAACGACUGGUAAAUCCGGCUUUCAAUUAGUUACUUUAAACCGAAUGUGUGUCUGUUUUUAUAAUACCAACUCACAGCAGAUUUUUUUUACCAAAGGUGGAAUUGCAUGUCUGUGUUGUUUAUUUAGUAAAGAAAAAAAGAAAAAAAAAGAAUAUAGUUGUUGUUUUGUGUCAAUACCAAAUGCAGUUGGAAUUUGUUUGCAAGACUAUGGACAUAGAAUUGCUUUUCUCAUGUUUUAACUGCACAUUGUGAAUUCCACAGCCUUAUUUUCUUAUUUAUUUCUGAAACAGAAGAGGCAUUUUUCAAUAAAACUACUGAAAAUGUA